UUCCUCCUGGUGAUGCUGGUGUCUGGAUCGCUGGAGGUUCAUGUGGGCGUGGCUGAGGGCGGAGCUGUGCACAAAGCCGUCGUCAAAUCACAGAACGGCUCCUUCAGUGACGGACAGGAGCAUUCACUCAUACUGCAGAGGAACAAACGGUCCAUCGCAGUGUUUGUGGACGAGCAGAACCAAGCGACGGUGAAGCUGGGCUCGUCUGCAGAUAAAGCUCUGGCUCUGGAGCGGCUCUUCAUCGGCGGCGUUCCUCCGGGAGAGACGGGUUCCAGCGACUCCUUCUACGGCUGCAUCAGGAACACGGCGGUGGACGGCAUGUUGUUGGAUCUGUCCUCUGCUCUGCGCUAUGAGGACGUGGACAUGGACAGCUGUUUGCUGGAGGAGAGACCCAAACGUGUGGUUCUGCCUGAUGAGCUGGAGGCGGAGCCGACCUCUGACCCCGCCACGCGCCCCCUGUCACCCCCGGUGGAGCUGAGCGCGCUCACACCCGGCAGCAGCAGCUGUGCAGUGGCGGAUCUCACAGAAACCAUCCCAGAAUCCCUGCAGUUCGGACUGUCCCAACACAGUCACGUGAUCAUGGGCUUCAAGAACAAGACGGUCAGAACCAGUUUUGCGGUGAAGCUGUCGGUUCGGACGUUCGCUCGCAGCGGCGUUCUCUUCUACAUGGCCAACGCAAACCAGCAGGAUUACGCCGUUCUGCAGGUGGUGUUUAACGUGAAUAACGGCGCGGGCCGGAUCACUGCGCGCAGCAGGAGCGCUGUGUCCAUGUGUGACGGCCGCUGGCGCACCCUGGUGGCCAAGAAGCAGAAGCACAGCUUGAGUCUGACCGUAGACGGUGUGACGGUGACCGCGGAGAACCCGUACUCAUCCUCCACCUCAGCCGAGACCAAAAACCCCAUCUAUGUGGGUGGAUACCCAGCGGAUGUGAAGCAGAACUGUCUGAGCUCCAGAGAGCCGUUCCGUGGCUGCAUGAGGAACCUGCGCGUCUUUAAGGGUCACGUCACUGAUGAGCUGGACUUCAGCGCCGCCUUCGCUCACCCACACGUCUUCCCUCACUCCUGCCCGGAUAACGCUGCUACAGAUAUCUAAACAUCUUUAAAUCAAGACACAUUUACUGGAGAUGCGAAAUGAAGACAUAUGAAGAAAUUAAAAUUGAGUUUAU